CAGGAACCUCGCUUUAAAAUGGCGGCAUUCAGUAUACACCCCUGCUAAAGGCUCUCCCCCCCGCACCCCCAGCACCCGGGCCACCUCGCGCAGCGCUGCUUUUGCUUCUGCCGCUAACAGAUGGCAUGUGCCACUGUCGCUGCCGCUGCCCCUACCGCUGCCGCUGAGAGCAGGGCCCCUUAGCCUCUGGGUUUGCGCUAGCAGCAUAAGGUUCUGAAAAUUGCCUUUUCUGAAAACUCUGCUGCUUGGAUUCUCCUCUAGAGCUGUCUCUUUAUAAACCUCUCUCCCUGCCCAUACCGUUCCCCACCCUCUCCCUCCCCAGACCUGGUGUGCUUGUAGUUCACUGUCAGCAACUUGUCCGUUUCUUUUUUUCUGUGAUUCUCGGUUUUCUUAGUCAUUUUCCCUCCCCUUGAUUUUGCAUCAAAAAAAUUUUUGGGGUUCUAAUAUCCUUCCUAAUCUUAUUUUUUAAAGCUAAGAAAUAGGGAGAAAAACCUUUCUCCCCCGCCCCCUGAUCUGAGACCAUUCCACAAAUUGAAGGGCAGCCAGCAGCAUAUGCUUUUUGCAAGAAUAAUUGAAAACAUCAACUGGAGAGCACAGAGUUCUUUUGAAAGUCUGCCAGUUAUUGGAAGUAAAAUCAGCAAAGGAACACAAUAAAACAUUCAAUAUUUUAACCUUUACAGUUGCCUUCUUAGGAGUUGGUCUCUAAUCUGAUUUUUACUUAUUCCGAUACAAUUUUUAUUUUAUGAUUGGCUUUUUGCUUGACUAGACCAGAUUUGACUUAAAUGAAGACCUAAAUACUAACAAAUAGACAUUUCACCAAAGCAAGCUGUUACCUCUUCACAUUUAGCUUGAAUUCAUUUUUAAGCCUUUAGCAAUCGGCAGUAAUAUUGUCCUAAAGAGGGUGUACUUGAUUUUAAUUUUGCUUUCAAUAUGACGGCUGUCAAUGUUGCCCUGAUUCGCGAUACCAAGUGGCUGACUUUAGAAGUCUGUAGAGAAUUUCAGAGAGGAACUUGCUCUCGAGCUGAUGCAGAUUGCAAGUUUGCCCAUCCACCAAGAGUUUGCCAUGUGGAAAAUGGUCGUGUGGUGGCCUGUUUUGAUUCUCUAAAGGGUCGGUGCACUCGAGAGAACUGCAAGUACCUUCACCCUCCUCCACACUUAAAAACGCAGCUGGAGAUUAAUGGACGGAACAAUCUGAUUCAACAGAAGACUGCCGCAGCCAUGUUCGCCCAGCAGAUGCAGCUUAUGCUCCAAAACGCUCAAAUGUCAUCACUUACUUCUUUUCCUAUGACACCAUCACUUGCAGCUAAUCCUGCCAUGGCUUUCAACCCUUACUUACCUCAUCCUGGGAUGGGCCUGGUUCCUGCCGAACUUCUACCACACACACCUUUUUUGAUUUCUGGAAACCCACCUCUCGCAUUGCCAGGAGCUCCUGUUCAAAAAGUGAUGCGUUCAGAUAAACUGGAGGUUUGCCGAGAAUUUCAGCGUGGAAAUUGUACCCGUGGGGAGAACGAUUGCCGCUAUGCUCACCCUACGGAUGUUUCCAUGAUUGAAGCAAGUGAUAAUACUGUGACAAUCUGCAUGGAUUACAUCAAAGGUCGAUGCUCCCGGGAGAAAUGCAAGUACUUUCAUCCUCCUGCACACUUGCAAGCCAAACUCAAGGCAGCUCAUCACCAGAUGAACCAUUCAGCUGCCCCUGCCAUGGCUCUACAGCCUGGUGCACUGCAACUGAUACCAAAGAGAUCGGCAUUUGAAAAGACCAAUGGAGCCACCCCGGUCUUUAAUCCCAGUUUUUUCCACUACCAACAGGCUCUGGCUAACCUACAGCUCCCGCAGCCAGCAUUUAUCCCAGCAGGGCCAAUACUGUGCAUGGCACCCGCUUCAAGUAUUGUGCCCAUGAUGCACGGUGCUACACCUACCACUGUGUCUGCAGCAACAACACCUGCCACCAACGUUCCCUUCGCUGCAACAGCUACAGGCAAUCAGUUGAAGUUCUGAACAGCAGAAUUAUGGAGUAUCGGGAUCUCUCCAUGAGAACCUCUGUAUGGCCUUUCUAUAUAUAUUCUCGUGUGUCCUCUUCUACUAACACGACAAUAAGUGUGGUGCAGUCAAUAUACUAAGCAAAGCAAAGAUACUAGCCGACAGAUUCAGAUAAAAAAUAAAGCAUUACAAAUCAAUGGAGAUGUUAAAACAAAACACAAAUAGAAAACUAAUAACUACCAUUUGUCUUAUUUGAAUUAUCAAGUAGAACAUGACCAUAAAAUUGUGUAACUUGUUACAUUACUCUUUGUGAUUUUCCAGUAACCAUGCUAAAUGAAUUUCCACAGUGAACCGUUGGCUUAUUAUACAUUCUUGGUGGUUAAAUGCUCAUCUGUUUUUGAAGUAUUACCUUACUAUUUUGUUUACAUAAUAGUCUAUUGGGUUGAUUUAGAAUGUAACACAUAUAUUCAGUACCAUUUUUCCUAUUAUCGUAUUGUGUUGUGUUGUGUUAGGUUUUCACAUACUGUAGUGUUUUGCUAUGUAUGUAUGGUGUUUGAUUUCAACUAAAACAUUAGUGGGGAACAAAAGUAUAUGUGCUUGAGAAACAUGACAGUUUCACGUUAAUAUGUUCUCUCUCUUUCUCUUUAGAAUAUUUCUGUAGGUUUCUUGGGGCAGACACUUAAAAGACCUCACUUUUGAGUAUGCACAAAACCUGUUCAUAAGCAUGCAUGUGUAUAAUUUGUACCUGCAGAUCUGAAGUUGCAUAAUAUAAUCAAAUUACUAGAUUUUUUGCAAGAGAGUAAUAAUUGCCUGCACAAAGGAAGGAACUUCUUAAAACAUUAACCCCUAAUUCACCUCUCUUAAAUAGCUUGAAAAACAAGAACUUACUUUUAAUUGAAUUUCUUGGCAUUUAAUUUAAAAUUAUGUAAAGUGCCCAUUACAUUUUUUUGUGGCUCAAGAAUCCUAUCUCCUAGGUUGAGUGUCUAAAACUGAGCCAUUUGUCAUCUUCAGCUGAGAAACUGGUAUUGGGGGCUUAAAGGUAUGCUAAUUACAGAUUAUAAAUCAAACAGAGAGAUGGGGGUGUGGAGAUAGUUCAUACAUACUGGAGGAAAGUGUAUAAAACCAUUGCAAUGUAACCUUUUACACAAGUGCCAUUUUCCAAAUGGAAAUGGCUCAUGAUCUCUAGACUACUUUUGAAUAAUAAAUAAGAUGCAAUCUAGCAAAGGUCAGUCAGGGUGAAAGAGAAUUGGUUCCAAAUGAGGCCUUUCCUCCACAAAUGGACAAUCUUCUCUGUUAAUCACAGGGAGCUUGAGUACAGGUUUGGAGAAAUGGCAGGAACAGGGGACAGGAGGGGUUUAAAAUUAUUCUUUGAUUUAUUCAAAAGAACUAGGAAAGAUAACUGCAGUUGUCUUUAGCUUCAGUUCAACUGAGUUUCCAGUUUUGUUAAACACUUCAGAGGAGGAACAAGCGCCCAUGAUAAUACAGCAAGUGUUUCCUGCCCAAACUUUAACAUCAGAGUCUCUCAUGUCAUAAUAAAGCCUUUCUUUUUGUUUGGAUUCAUUUGCCUUUAUAUGUGUUUGAAAAUUAUAAUACAGAAGGGUUUUAGCACCCUUUGGAUGAAACAGUGGCUAUACUCCACGGAGCUGAGCUGAAUUCACAUUACUAAUACUUAUGAAAUAAUUUUACAACCAAGUAAAAUAGUAAUUAAUUGAUCUCCUCCACCCUAGUCAGUUAUUAACAUUACUGUUAUACAGUGGUGGAAAUAUAUAUUUUACAUCAACUUAGAUAGAUUUAAUAUGUUCUAGUAAAUACACCUUCUGCUACUGGAAAGUAUAAAACCAUCAAAUUUGAUAUAUAUAAAAGGGUUGUUUUGCUCCUUCAUAAAAAUGACAAGCAAAGAGAAAAUCUGACUUUAGAAUACCUUAAGCCAGCUAGUGGUGUUUGAAUCAGAGAACAAUGGAGUUGGCAAAAACCUUUUCUCACUUGAUGAAACUGAGGCCUAGGGUAUGUGACUUGCCCAAGGCCACCUAGUCAUUGGGGGACCCAGAAAUAUAUACUGACUCCCAUUGUUCUUCCUUUUCACAUUGUUUGUGCUUAAGAACAUUUGAGACUCUAUGCCAAAGCAGGUUUGGCUCAGAAUAUAAGAGAGCAAAUUUAGCUCUCCGGUAGUUGGUGUACUAUUGAUCUUAAUUAUCAAUCUAAAUCCUGAUGAACAGUGAUAUCUAAACAGUCUUGCUUAUAUUGGGUCACUGUCAUCUGUUAAUAGCGUUGCCUAGAGUUAGAGAUCAAGAAUUGUCCUUUUACCUGUGGACUCUUUGAACCACUUAAUUUCUGUUUCCUGAAAUCUUAACAUUGCCGUAGAAGAAAGUAGAGUAUGCCUUUUUGAAAUUCCUUGUGUAGGGAACUCAGUUUUGUAUAAUCUGUGCCAGAGCCUCUCCAGAAGGGCAGAUCUGAUUACUUAAAUCCAGGAAGGAUGCACUUGAGCUACCCUGGAUGUAUUCAUUAAAGGAGAGGAGACAGGAAUGUUUUUUGUGCAAAAUGAACUUUUGUGUACUUUGAUAUUUUGAUGUAACGUACUAUCUUGUGUAACUUUUUCAACUUUUGGCAAAGAUGUACUUAGAAAAUAAACCUAGAGUACAGCUGUUUUCAUGUUGCUUUAAGCACUGGAAGACAUUAAUAAUGACUUAUUUUUUUAGGAAGUGGUUCCGUGAGGGAUAUUCAGGGUAGGUGUAUUUUUGGUGCCACAGUUUUCUACACUGUUGGCAUUUUAAAAGUUGCUUUGUAAAUGAAUUUAAAGAAAGAAAGCUCAAAGCCCUAAAGUUUUGAUCAAAUUCAACAGUUUUGAGAAAAAUGCAAUUUUAAGAUAGCACUCAUUAACAUGGUUGUGCAAUGACUUAUUGAAAUUCUCUUUAUUCGAGAAAAGAAAAGAAGAUAAGUCAUUAGACUAUAAAUUUCCAGUUAAAAAAGACAAGUCACAAAACUAAUCAGUGACUCUAAACAAAAAUUUACUGAAUCAACUGUAUAUAUAAAAUUCUAACCACUUGUGAUUCUUAGUUAACAUUUUAUAAGCUUUGUAUUUUACAAGGGCCUCUAUUUUUAUUUAUCCAAAAUUAUUGCUUUUGUCCAUUGCUCUCAGCCUUUUGCAAAAAUAUGCAAGAGUGCUGAAACUUGGAUAAAAUGGGUCAUAUAUACAGAAAAAAUACUCUAAAAGUUAUCUCUUAAGAGGGUUUUAGCAGUGUCAAUUUUUUAAUAAAAGAACUAUGUGACCAUAACAUAAGUAUAUUUUAAAAAGGGAUUAACAUUAAAUUAAAAUAAAUGGAUUCAUAAAAUUGCUAUUUAAAUACAGUAUUUACUUUUGCAGUUGGAGCAUGAUUCCACAACCAGCUGUUGCAUUUCAUUUCACUUUUUGAGAUUAGAGUCUUUAAUUUGUAGUUAAUUGUGAUGUGGAAAGCCAUCUUCUCCCUACUCCAUCAAUCUUCUCCAUCCGUUUUUGAACAUGCUAAAGCACUUUGAUCUUGCCAGAAGUGUUGUCCUACACUACUAGGCUGUGUUCACUAAUGGAAGGCCUCAGCUCACUUGCUCUCCAAUUUGGGAAAAACCAAAGCAAGUACCUCCUCCCUGCCAUAAGCAGGAACCAAAUGAAAUUAAACUUUACAGCUUGAAUUUAUUUUAAAUGGCAUAGUGGUAUGUGGAUAAGGACCAACAUUUACAUUCCAUUUUAUUAAAUAAGAGAGAAGGCUCAUGUGCUACUUGAGAUGUUAUUUGGUUCUUUUCCCCCCUCUUUGGAGAGUGUAGAUGAGGAUGUUCUUAGGUAAAAUACAGUGACAAGUUUUCUGAGUUCUUUUAGCCUAUAGGGAAGGCUGUGACACACAAAAUGAUUAGAAACUGGAGUCCUCAUUCUUUUUCUCCCUUAUACAUUUCACACAUGUUAAAAUAGAAAUAGAUAAAAUUUAUGAGGGAAAUCUAAUUUCCCAAUUCUGAUGAAUAGAUUUAGUAAGAUAGUGGCCUAAUUGUACCAGUGCCUGUCGAAGGCAAUAUAAUAAACAACAUGUAAAGAGAGUAUAACAACUUUUUUGCAAAUUUAGUUGGUAGCCUAAUCAAACUGUAAAUAUAAGUACAAAUAUAGGUUCUGAGCACCAACUCACUAAUUGGUGCACGUUUUCAUUUUUCUUGUUAGUUUUUAAGAUUUUUAUUUUAUUACUUUUUUAUAUCUCUAAGUAACUAAUGGAUUUAAUUUUGAAGGAGAGUUAGAGAAAGUUUAAGUUUUUAGUACAUAUAUUCAGCACACCUAGAUAGGUUCUAAACUGACACUGAAGCAUGACAAGAUAAAGAUUAUAGUCCAAAACUAUUCUUUACAGUUCACAGUUUAAGAACAAAUUUAAGUUUAUAUACAAAUAAUAAUUGUUAACUAAUGACUAACUAAUGACUAACUAAUUGUUAACUAAUGAUAUUUAGUCGUUGCUUUGGCAACAAAACUACAACAUGGCUACCUUUAGACUUUUUUAAUGUGAAAAUUUUACUUGUAAACUAUACUUGGUUUGUGACAGUAUGAUCAUAUAGAAGAUACAGCUCAAAACUCAGAAAACAUAUAUGGUUGAAUUUUUUUAAUAUGAAAGUCCCAUAUGUGAAAGCUGAAUUUGUAUCCUUGUGUGACUUUUUAGUCUAAAAGUUUACAACACAUGGAUUCCAGAAUCAAGCUUUAUUGUUUAUAGAAUUUGUCGUGUGGAUAGGGUUAUUCCACAGUAUUUAGACUUCAAAACACGAUCAUUGCAUUUAUAUUACCUGACCUUUUUUCAUAACUUUCUUCAAAAUUACCCUAUUCAAGCGGCUUAGCUGUAGCUGCAAAAAUUCUGUUUCUGGAAUUACAUACAUAAAUAUAUCUACAUGAGGAUUAAAGCAUGGCUAAAGCAGAGUUUGAAAUUAAUUCACAUUUGUAAAACCAUAUGUAAAAGUACUGUGGAAUGACCCCUUAACAGUGUUUAAGAGACAUAUGCUGCAGUUAACUGAUCGCCUCAGUUAGGGUGCGAAUGUGUGAGACACACCUUUUUUGCACUUAUGUACAUAGUCCAUGAGAGCAAUCCUUGGAGCUUUUUUUUUAAAUGUAAGAAGUCUGUGAUAAUAGUGGAAAAGUUAGUAAGAGAGAGUUAUUUCUAAGACUUUGAGAAGGAGGGUGUUUUUGCUAUAAGGCUUUCCUAAAGCAUGAUGUUGCUUUGCUGUUGUGGAGGCUUUCUAGUUUGCUACAGCUCACCAAAAGAGAAGACUAGUAACAGGUAACAGGUCAACUUCAGCUAAUGGCACUGAACAAGAGUGAAGUACUUAGUUUUUUAGCAAGACCACUAGCAAAGAUUCUUUGCUUUUUAAAUCAACCCUAAACACAUGUGUGCACGCACACACACCAGGCAGGUUUCUGGCAGAAGUUUUCUCUUCUCAAUGGUUGCAAGCAGUGAAAUACCCUCCCUGUAAAUUACAAGAUAGAUAUUCUCAUUAUGAUUGAAUCAGAUUUCAUGUUUCCCAGAAAAUUAUCAACUGCUAUAUACAUUAGUUGAUAUGUAUACCAAUUAAUAUGUAUUUAAGUGACAACCAAAUUGUUAACAUUGACCACUAUUCCUCCUUCAAGAUCCAGUAACCAAAGCCAAGUUAGCAACCAUUGACAGAUUUCAUUUAACGGUUAAGUGUGGCCAGCAUAAGGCAAUUCCUUCCCUUUAACAAAGGCAAAAAUGCUCCUGGCACAACUUUAUAAAUGGCUUUAUUUACAUUAUACCUGUUCAGUGGAAGCUGUUUUCUGACCUACCUUUACCAGAUUACAAAGUACUUCACUGUGCCACUUCAGCCUCCCACUGUUUUAACUAAGCAGAAGAGAACCAGCCAAAAUCUUACAUAACAUAGGAGCUGGAAGAGAAUGUUUCAAUCGGACCAUCUCUGCCAAUUUUAGCUCCCAUACCAUCUACAGAUAGCCAUUUAACUUUCUUGUUGCCCCAGGUGAUAAGGCCUAAAAAAGGUGGAGCUUAGAAAGGUCAAGUAUCGGAUCACCAGCAGGUACUUUGAGUCCUUCAGAUCUUGGGCCAUGUUGUUCUUGCCCUAGAGAAGGAGCCCAACCUGGGGUUGGGGGAGCUGGUACUGGCAUUGCUACCCAUUUUGAAGCUCUCACUUACAGAGAAAGAAAAAUAAGCCAAAGCCAGAAAGCAAUCCAAGCCUUACAGUUGUCCAAUAGCUCAGGGCCAUUUGGCUAGAUUUUUUUUUUUCCCCUCAGCCCAUAAUUGCUUAGAGUCAACCAUACAACAAAUAGCCUGACAAUCUGACCAGCAUUUCCAAUGAUACAGAAUGUAAGCAUUCAUUCAUGAUGUAUUUAGGAACUCCCAACUUCAGCCUUAUCACCAAUGUAAUUUCCCAAUUUAACCCAUGUUCUUGUUUUGACGUUUCCUUGUGAAUCUGUAAGUCACCAGGAAUAUAUUUUCAUAAGAUCAACAGAGAUAAGAAAUUUUAAGUCAGGAAAAAACCUUCUGUAAAAUAGUGGGAAUGACCCUAGAAACAUCACAAAAGAUAUUCAGUGAAUUCAUGGCAUGGUAUGCAUGCUGACAGUCACUGGAUCACACUCUUUGGAGCUUAAACCCAGUGGCUGUCUUUAAAUAAGUAAAACAAAUUAGGGAAUGAAGUUUAACAGAUGUGUAUAGCUGAGGCCAAAAAAUAACCUCUAUUAUUAAGCCCAAAAGGGAUUUAGUUUGACUAAUUCCUAUAGUUUUCAGCCCCUCCACUUGUUCUUGUCUGUAAGAGAAUCAUUCAUUAAUACUCAAAAGCUGGAUUAUUCCAAGGAAAUUUUAUCUUUAAAUAGAACCCAUCUUCAAUUAUGGUAUACCUAAAAGAAAAAAAAUGCAUCACUAUUAAAUAAGUCACAGCUCUUUGCAGAUAUUACAAAAAUCCUCGCUAGUCAUUUUCUACGUCAUACUACUUUUUAAAAAUACCUCUUUAAUAAGACCUAAAAGUAACCUAACCAUUAAGCAGUGCUUUUUUCCCUCCCAAACAUAUAAUCUAAAGAUUUAUCUGUCAUGGCAUGGUUCCAAAGCUUUAUUUCUGUAUAUAGAUGCUAUUUGUUAGUGAUGGAAACAAAUUAUUUUGUUGCUAUGUCUUUUGUGUCUAGCAGAUGAGAGAAUGAUGUGACCAUCAUAUCAUUGGAUUCUGGGAAUGCCCAUUUCAAAAUAAGUUUUCUGUUUUAUUUUAUUAUCGUUAUUUCUGCUUUAAUUACAAGAUGAGCCAUUUGUUCCCAUGCUCCCAAAUUAUAAUCAUUUAAAUUAAAAUUUUUUUGAAAAAAGGAUUCUCCUAAAUAUACUCUUUUUUAAGGGGUAAUUUUAUGCAUUCAUAUGACAACAAUUUGGAAUAAUGUGGAAUAUAGAAGCACAUAUUUUGGGCAGAAAAAAUGGCAAUUUAAAAUACUUUAUAGUUAAGAAAAUUGUCGUCCUUGUGUAACAAUUAUAGCUUUAAAUAAUGAACAGAAUAUUUCAUGAAUAUAAACUCUUCCCAUAAUAUUGUGCCUCCAAAAUUCAAUAGCUCAUUCUCUCAACUGCAGAUGCUUUGAUUUUUUUUUGGUUUUUUUCAAGUUAUAGUGCUGUAGUGCUUGUUUGUAUUUAAAAGUAUGCAUUAUGCAACUCAUUUUAGCAUGCUACAUCCAUGUUUAUUUUUUGUUCUUUUAAUAAAAUGUAUAAAUUUC